AUGUGCGAUAACACCAACGCCACUGGUCUCCUGAGCGACCUGCAGAAGUUAGACGAAGGGGGACGCGACCGCAUACUGGACCUGUUGUCUUCUGAAGUUGUGAAGGAAGUCCUCAAAGCCUCUCUUCGUCAGCGUGACAGAGUUGAAAACGAGACAAGUGCCAGUAUGCUCUGGACAUGCGCUCAGCCAUCACGCAUAGAGAGUAUUGCUCCGCCAAAUCCACCUACGACCCGAAAUGCUGGUGGAGUGAUCUAUGGUCAAGAAGAAAGACCACCAAAGCAGGCCAGACAAAUCACUAUUCUUCGACAUCGCAAGCGACCUAGGAUUGAAGAGAAAGACGUACGAGGUCAAAACGCUGUGGAAAGAGUGGUUAUUGAAAUCGAGACGGACGAAGAGAAUAACGAGAAUAAAAAGAAUGGUCGAGGUGUUCGACGUUCACUUCGAUUGACGGAGUGCGUUGAGCCAAAGCGCCUGAUCGCUGACAGCAAAGGUAUUGCAAUUAACGGAAGACGACCAAGAGAACUUCAAGUCUACUUUUAUAUCAGCGAGGAUAUUAUAUGCAACUGGCUUCCUGUAGAUGUACAAACCGAACUGAUGCGCCGUUUUAAAGAUAUGCGGUCAAUGAACGAACAUACGAUUACCCAGUACACCGCCUAUACCUACAACUUGAUAGGACAUAUAUCCAGCCCUUUAUGCAUUCACAGCAUGCUUCUCGCAAAGAACCCAGCCUUCACUCGAGGUGGGAAACCGAAUAAGUCCGCAGACGAUAGUUGUAUCGAUGCUGGCUAUCCUUGCGCCGAUUUCAGAUGCCACAAACACGAAAAGAAAUUUGUCGUUUGUUUUCUCCCUAUACCUAAAGCUUUGCGCAAGGGAAAGAAUUCGAGCAAUCUUAGGCAUUGGGUUCUCUAA